AUGUGCUACGCUGCCAAUAAAGGCAUGGCUGCGGUGACUGGGGACACGGGGAGGAUUAGGCAUAUUACUGUAUGUUGAAUGUGUGAAGAAGGCUUUCUCGAACUCUUAGCAGGUGCUUGGUUAGACAUUUUCUCCUCCCACCUCGCUUUUAAAAGUUUUUAAAUUUUGUCUUUGUGCUCAUUCUUUCACAAGGAUCCAAACGGUACAGCUCCGAGCCACCCCGCCAGCACAGGGAAAAAGUGAUACAUCGCUGGUUUUACCAGAGCUUUAUGUGUCAAACACCGCACGGUUGAAUUCGUUUCAGGUUACUUUGAACCAGCCUUUCAAUCAUCGUGAUUUUCUGAAGUGAGUGAUAGUUACAAUUCAACAGUUAAAUAGGGAUGAGAUAAAACCGUAAGCAGAUUUCCCCCUCUUGUAUUAACUUACAGAACCGUGGAGAUUUUGAAAUCUUCCUGCGUGCACCAGUUCCCUAUGGAGAUCUGGCACACAAAGCCAAUGUAGAAUUGGCCCCCAGGUUAUUUUUAUGUACCUUCAAAUGACAUAGGAUUUUUCUGUCAUACUGUCACUUUGGUAACUCAUCUUACCAUAAUCUUUCAUAUUUCCCUGUUGUUUGCAGGUCACAUUUAUUCUUGAGCCAUGUUCUGUCCUUAUUGAAUAUCAUUAAGAUGUGUUUGCUUCUCAUGCCCCUAGUCAUGGAGAAUAUUAUGUUUAUCCUGUUCUUUUAAAGGUUUACCCCUCCUGUGUAGUUCAAAAUUAAACUAAGCAGUGUUAGAAAUUAGCCAGAUGCCAGGCACAUUUUGCUACUGGCAUGUGUCCAAUUGCUACCAUGAGAUCUCUGGAUGCCAAGUUGGCAACUGACAUCUCCAUCUGGCUGGUUUCUCCAGCUUUCUUAAGCAGGUAAGCAGAACAACUUAUUUAUUGCGUUUAUAUUCCACCUUUUCCUCCAAGGAGUACAUGGUUCACCCUACUCCUCAAUUAUUCCCUGCAAUGACCCUGUGAGGUAGGUUGAGGGACUGUGGCCCAAAGUCGCCUGGUGAGCUUCAUGACUGAGUGGGGAGUUGAACCUUGAUCUCCCAAGUCCUGGUCCAACACUUUAACCACUAAACCACACUUCUGAGUACUUCUGCUAUAGAGCAGCUAUAUAAAUUAAGUAGGUUAAUAAGUAUGGGGAAAGCACUUAGAGAAGGGUCUGAAAGAUUUUCAUUGAAGCUUGAAUUAGUUUUAUUCUGGAUUGUUUUAUUUAGCAUUUUAAUGUGUUACAACUGCUUUGGGAUUUUUUCUUUAAAAUAUAAAGUGGUAUAGAAAUGUAGAUAAUAAUAAUUAACGUAUUUUUCACCCUAUAGGACGCACUUUUUCCCCUCCAAAAAUGAAGGGGAAAUCUGUGUGCGUCCUAUGGGGCGAAGACAGGCUUUCGCUGAAGCUUGGAGAGCGAGAGGGGUCGGUGCGCACCGACCCCUCUCGCUCUCCAAGCUUCAGGAAGCUAUCAGCAAGCCUUGGGAGCCUGGGGGAGUUCCCGCAGGGCUCCCUAGGCUGCGGAUAGCAGCCUGCUGCCCCGCGCUUUGGGCAGACAUCGGGCAGCCCCACAAGCUCAGGGGACAGCAGGGAGGCGCAGCGCCGCCAUACCGCUGUUCCCCGACCUGGUUUGGAUUCCCUGACCUGGUUUUGGGGGGGAAAUAAAGGAAAUUUUUUUCCCCUUUAUUCCCCCCCCCCCCAAAAAAAACUAGGUGCGUCCUAUGGGCCGGUGCGUCCUAUGGGACGAAAAAUACAGUAUAUAUACAUCUUCUUGCACAAAAAGACACCUAGACAUUCAGUUUUGGCAACCUCAACCUAGGUUUAAGCUGUCAUUUGGUGAUUAGCUUAUACAUCUGUGUUUCUAACACUGAAACUAAGUAAAAUUAGUAUUAUUUUACUUUCUAAUUUUAGGAUCAUGGCUUCCCUUCAGCAAAGGAUCUUGACUAUUAUUCAGUGUUUUCGAAAAGAAUGGCGCUUAUUUUCAGAAUCUGAAAGGACUACUGUGUGUGGUGUAGAUUGCAUGCUGAUGGCUUUGUACCUAUCGGUUGCUGAGGUCAAUAAAAAGGUUAGUGAACAAAGUUAGGGAAAUUUUCUGUCUUGAAUACUUCGUUCACAAGGUGCCCAGAUAGGCUGAAGGAUACCUUUACUGCUUCUGAUGCUUGAGAAGGCAGGAGUCUUGCUAGCCUCUUCAAAAUGCUGCUUAUAUUUCUCAUUGGGCUGUUUCAGAUGCAAUGGGAAAAUGUGGCUUUUUUGUUAUAUGUAUGAGUUCCACUGAACACUCUUUUUUCUUCCCCAUGCCAUUGACUGGAAACCAUUCAUUCUCACUGGAGAAAGUUAAAAGGUAACACUGUUAUGGGAAUAAACCUACUUCUGGUCCUUUUUGUCUCAAAUGGAUGAGGAAUAAGGCCCCUGACUUCUGUUUCUUUGUCAUACUCAAGCGUAACAGAAUGUUGGGAAGUGUUAGAUGCUUAAUGUUUUGGCUGUUAACAUAACAUAUGUUUUAAUUUUCUUUUCUUUGGAAUGGAAUCAGUUUAGCAUAUCCAUGUGUGUGUCUUUAAAUAUAUGCCUAACUACUUAAAUGACUUAGGAUCUUAAUGAGGACUACAUUUCUAAUAAAGUUGGAAGUACAUAUAAUUCAAGUUACAAUUACUGCAAGGUUAGCAUUUGUGUAACUUGGUUACAGUGGAACCAAUUUUUUCUUCUUUGUCCAAGUGCAAGCAGCUGAAGGAUGAAGUACCUCAGCAGACUUUUCCAGGAAAGCUCACUUUCUUCUGCUGAGACUGACCAUGGAAAUUUUCAGCUCAAAAGGAUUUUACAUCAUAAAAUUAUAAGCAGAUGAAAAAGUGGGGAGGGUUAGUGAGGAACUUGUUUUUCAGCUGCAUCUGUAACAUUAUGCUUAUAGUUAUAUAUACACUUUUCUGACAUAUGAUAUAUUUUUGUUUAACAAAGAUCUUUAGUGAAAAGUUGGAACUUUUAUUGGCCUCUGCUGUUCUGGUGGUUUGCAAGGGCAAACAAACAUUGUUAUCAAACCAGACCAAAAAUAAGCAUUGUUUCUGUGCGAUGAAUUAACAUAACUUUUAAAAGAGACAGAGAACAAUCCAAACCCCUCUGCUGGUGUGGGGGCUCUGCAGGGAGCACCCCAAUGUGCUUGCUCAAAUGGUUAGUGUAUGGAAGCUGCUUUCAGAAACAACUGCAAUUCUGUGGGGUUGGGCCAGCACAGGAUCCACUGGAUCCUGGGCCUGCCCUGCUGCUAAUCAUGUGAUUGGAGGGUACCCUGUAUGGGCCUCUGUUGCAUCUCUCUGGCAGCUGGUUCAGCAGAGGCUUUAUAUAUGCAUUUUAUAAUAAUUUUAUUUUAGUUAGCAAACUUACAAAUAGCCAGCCUCAUAUUACUAACAUGCUUAGUCUAGUUAAUGCACGAAGAGGUUAAACUUUUCUGCCAGGUUUAGCUCACUUUGGGGGAGGGAGUUAAUCAAGCCACUUCAAUCUACCUGAUGAAUGCAGUGUGUGAAGAGGCUAAGUUGGUUGCUCCAGCCUAGCCGCAUGUCUCUAACAAGCCUCUCUUGAAUUCCUGUACCAAUAAUUUUGAAACUUUCACCACUAUGCAACUAAGCCACGUUUUACUGAAAUAUAUAGAUCAAGGGUGGUAGAAAAAUUUAAUAAAUACUAAUAAUAAUACUGUCUGUGCAACCUUUUCUAAAUGCUGUAUGGAAAAGCACAUGAAACUGACCUUUGGAGAGUUUGUAAGUAAACCAUUUUUAACUUACCAAAUUUCUAUGUUAGGGAAAGAAGGAAGCUUUGGAACUCACAAGGGCAUCUUUUAUAGCUCUAACAGCCUAUAUUUCCAUGCUUUAGUAUGCUGCAUAUUUAGUGAUUUUAAAUCUCUGCUGGGAUUCUCUCACCAAAGAGUACUUGCCCCAAAAUUGGCACCCAGGAAUUCUCAUUUUAUACCUAUUUUUUCAUUGCACUAACAUAUAGGUAGAAUGGUUUCUUUGUAAUUCCUCCAUAGUAACAUGAUGCAACAUACUUCCAUUUUCGGUGUAAUUAUUUAAAAAAUAUAUUUAAUAAUUUCUGUAAAGAAAUUUUGUUAGAAAUUUGGAAUUUAGAACAAAAAAGCUCUGUAGUAAUAUGUUCAGAAAGUACAUGAUUAUUCCAAAAAACAUUUUGAAGAACUGCAGGGCUUCAAGAUUGGUAAAAGUUUGAUUUUUUUCACUUUACCCUUGUGAAAUAUAAUAUUCCUGUUGUCUAUCAGAGAAUUAAAGUGUUGAACUUUGUGAACUUCCUUUAUAAAUUAGCCAGCUGGCAUUUAUUCCUAGCAAAACAUUUUCUGAGUCCUACCACAAACUCUCACAAUCCUUUCUAUGAAUAAUAUGCUGUCACGGUGGGCACCUGAUCAUGAAAACUGAUAUCUGGACAGCAUUUUUAUUUGGAUUUAAAAUGUUUUUACAAUACCAGUAUAAACACAGUUAAGCUCUGCAAAUUCUUCAUCUUGUGAGAAAAGAUUUUGACUGAAUUAUUCUGAAGUUUAACUAGUAGUUACACUUCAAAGAACUGGUUUCAAAACAGUGUUUUUUAAAAAAGAGCUGCAACCACCAGACUUUCGCCAUCACUUCCUGGGCCCCCAUCAGCUGCUAUGAUGGCAACUACCAGGCAGCCAAACUAUCCCAGCAAAACACUUCUGCAUUCUAGUUCCCAGCAUACUUUCAUUCCAGGAGAAGUCUAGAAUGCCACAGAUAUAGACCAGAAAGUGAACAGAGUACCUUUGUUCCAUGUAGAGCUACCUCAAUACAGGCAUAGCUACAGGAAGGUGGGAUUUAGCCUUAGCUAAAGUUCAACAUGGCAGCAGCAGCAUUGCCACAAUCCACCUGGUGUGGCCUCCUGACCCACUGGUUAAGCCACCUAUGGUUUAAACAAGCCAACUUCAGAAACAACAAUCUGAGUUUGGUUGAUUUGAAAAUAACUAUAGUUAAUUUAGCAACAAUUUGUCAGUCACAGCAAAACCACAGUUAAGCAAAGGAAAGUAAAAAACUUACAAACUUUUCUAAAUGGUUGCAUGAUGGAAGUCUCACUGUGGCUCAUUUCUUCUCAUGCAGAUACUGUAAUACUAAACCACAGUGGGUCUCAAACUUUUUUCUCUGGACUACACUUUCAGAAUAAAAAUUUGCUUGGACCACAUUGAAUAUUUUAUUGAUAAGAAAUACAUUGGAAAACAAUAAGAAAGACAUCCUAUCAGUGCUUGAUUUAUAAAAUAGAACACAACUACUUUAUAAUAGUACCUGGCGUGCUCUGGUCCAUGGGGUCACGAAGAGUCGGACACGACUAAAUGACUAAACAACAACAACAAUUUUUAAUAUGAUCAGGGGGCAUCCGGAAAGUAUAAAACAAUGCAGCUAAAUAAGAACAUGAAACAUUCCCAAAAUAUGAUAGAAGAGCCUCUUACAUAUGUACCAUAAAUAUGUAUAUAAACUCACACCUCUCAUUGAACGCGAGCUUGCUUUUGUCAGGUAAUCUCAUUUAUAUUAUGUCUAAUUUGAAGCAGACAAACUAUCAUCUCUUCAUCAAGGCCUUUUUCUCUUUUGCAAUCUUUCAUAUUUGUCAGAGUUGAAAAUCCCUGUUCACAACAGUACGUUGUGGAGAACUGUAGAAGAAUAGCCAAUGCUAUUUUCAAGCACUCUGUUCAAACAGCAAUUCUGGAUCACAGCUAGGAUUGUCCUCAGUAUCGCUUGGUGCUCUUCCUCUCAUUUUGAAAAGAUAUCUAUCCAUAUUCUGCAAAUAAUAAUAACAAAAUGAUACUAUACUACACUGAAUGAUUGUCCUCAAAUCUUCCUGCUGCCAUUGCCAUCCUCUCCUGACAUACUAGUGUGGCAUGCCACACCCUUUGAGAAACACUGGCAUAGCAUGACAUGUGAACAUGGUGAGUGGACUGGACACAGAUGACAUUUAUUUCCUAUUGAAAUCAAUGUAGUACAGUGGUACCUCGGGUUACAGACGCUUCAGGUUACAUACGCUUCAAGUUACAGACUCCGCUAACCCAGAAAUAGUGCUUCAGGUUAAGAACUUUGCUUCAGGAUGAGAACAGAAAUCGUGCUCCGGCGGCGCAGCAACAGCAGGAGGCCCCAUUAGCUAAAGUGGUGCUUCAGGUUAAGAACAGUUUCAGGUUAAGUACGGACCUCCGGAACGAAUUAAGUACUUAACCCGAGGUACCACUGUAUAGAUAAAGACUUGCUUGUCCAAAUCAUUUCAACUGGAUGUAAGUUCAGCUUUAGUCUGAUGCCAAUCCACUCCACCAAUCAUUUGUCCAGGGAAUGGUUUGAUGGCAUAUGAUGCUGCCACCAUGGGGAAGGUAAGCAGGCCUUUUAAAUGUAUUUAGAUGGUAUUAGUCAUUCUUAAGUGUUUAAAAUAUGUUUUUAUUUUAUUGUAUGUACAGUUUUAUUACUGUGUUUGCUACCAUGAGCUCCUUUGAGGGGAAGGGCAGAAUAGAAAUUUAAUAAAUAAAAUAUGUAAUGUAAGGGUCAGUGUCUGUGGGAGACCAGGUUCUAGAAACUCUUUAAGAUACGUAUUUAUUUAUUACAUUUGUUACACACACACACCCUUUUCUCCAAGGAGCUAAAGGCAUACAUGGUUUUUCCUCUCAUUUAAUAUCCACAACAACCUGGUGAUGUAGGUUAGUCUGAGGGGCAGUGACUGGCCCAAGGUCUCAUAGUGAGUUUCAUAGUUGAGUGAGGAUUUGAGCCCUGGUCCCCCAUGUCCUGCACCACACUAGCCUGAUAUUUCCAGGAAGUAAGGCAUUGCUAUAAAUACGAAAAAUGUAAGGAAAACUGAGGAAAGGAAGAGUGAGGAAAACAGAAAAGGCUAUAAGUGGCCAUUGGAAGAUGAGUCUAAAGUAUGUCUCAUGGCUCUAAGUCACAUGAUGAUUUUGAAAUGUAGCUUUAAACCUUAGAAACUGUGACCAGUCCACAUAGAUAUAUUAUCUUGAUGUUUUCUCCUAUAUAAUGUCUCAUUAGAAUCCAACCAUGACACAACAAUGCAUUUUUAAAAGGCUUGGGGAGGAAAUUGAUAUGGGUAUUUUCCCUAAAAUCUUUCAUAAAGAUAGUUAAAUGCUCUAUGUGAUUAGUUUUUGCUUUUCAGCAUAAUAUAACUUUGUAAGACUGGUUUGUAUUUUAUUAGCCUGCAAUUCCUGUUCCAAAUAAGUACCGUAAGCAGAUUUCCCCCUCUUGUAUUAACUUACAGAACCGUGGAGAUUUUGAAGCAUCUCUUAGUGAACUGCUAUUAACUUGGAAUUACCUGGUACCUGACAAACUGGGCAUACUGCAGAAAAAUAUGGAAGCUCCUGAAAACUAUGCUGACAUCACAAGUGCAUAUGCCAGCUUUUUAAAACGCUGCAAUAUGAUGGAUCUAAUAGAUGUCUAUCAAAAAUGUAGGGCACUAGCACUGGAAAAUGAAUCGGUUUCCUGUGUAAGUAUUUUAUUUAUUUAUUUAAUUAAAACAGCCACUUUACUCAUAGCCUAUGACAAGUAAGCUGGACUUUAAGGCGACCAAGCAGGGAAAUGAACACCUCAAAUUUGCUUUAUCUCAGCCUGUUGCUGUGCCACAAAAAUGGCUAACAAAGUAAAUGAGGAUUGGUAAGCAUUAUUUGUGGGCUAGUAACUUUUGUGGGCUUAUUUAAAAGAAUGGAAUAAAAUGUUGCCAAGAAAGUGAUGUAGAUGAAGCUAAAUUAGCUACAGAGUAAUCCUGCAAUCCAUGCCAAAGCCACAUAUUAGCCAUAUAAGCUACUUCAGUUUUUGUGCUAAACUUGGUAAGGAUAAAAGCUAUGUGGUUAUGAAAUAAGAUAAUCCCCUCUUAAUGUGUCUGGCACAACUCUAUGGAAAGGAUGCUCUUUCAUGUCAGAGUAACUCAGAAUUAAAUUCCAGGGAUGCAGUCACUUUAAUCGGAAACAUUAUGAAGACAAACUGCUCUGGUACUUUAAAUUAUGAGCAUGUGAUGAGGAAAGUACUGCCUGUUGAAAUCUUGCUUUAGAAGUUUUGAUUUUUGAUUUUUUUUUGUAAUUUUGAUUCUUGAAUAUUUUUUAUCAUUUUAUUUCCCUAUCAUCAAAUGACUACACAUUUCUGAUUCACUUAAUCACCUUAAAAAAAACAAAAAAAACCAGUACCAGAAACUUGUAUCUAAAGGAAUUAAAGCCCAUUCCAGCCUUACAUAUGUCCAUGUUCAUGGACUCUGCUACUGGGAUAUAAAGAAACUUCUCUAGUUAUGAGAUUUCUUUGUACAAUCGUACCUUGGAUCCCAAACACCCUGGAACUCAGAUGUUUUGGCGCCGCAAACCCAGAAGUGAUUGUUUCAGUUUGCGAAUGUUCUUUUGGAACCUGAACAUCCUAUGGGGAUUCCGUGGCUUCUGAUUGGCUGCAAGAGCUUCCUGCAGCCAAUCAGAAGCUGCGAUUUGGUUUUAAAUCUCCAACCAGUAUUCUGGAAUCAAUUUUUAGGUCCCUCCCCAUCAAGCCUCUGUUUUACAAAUGUGAUAGUGGCAUGUUACAUCCUUUAAAUUAUAAUAAGAGCCCUGCUGAAUCAGUUCAAAUGUUUAUUCCCGCAUCCUGUUCUCACAGUGGUUAACCAGAUACCUACUGAAAACCCGCAAGCAAGAUGUGAGUGCAAUUGCAUUCUUACUUAGGAUUCCUGGCAACUUGUGUACAGGAGCACACUGCUUCUAACAGUGGAGAGAGAACAUUGACUAGUAUACAUGGUAGCCCUAUUCUCUAUGCAUUUGUCUAAACCACCCAGGUUGGUAGCCAUUGCUACAUCAUGUGGAAGCCAAUCUUCUAAUUAAUGCACUGUGUGAAGAAGUAAUUCCUAUCUACUUUCUCCACAACAUGCAUAAUCUUUGAUACUUCUGUCGUAUAUAAGAUUAUGGAUGGUGUGGAGAACGUGAACAGAGAGAAAAGGAGCACUCUGAGAGAUUCUGGCACUAAUGGUUAAUCCUGCAUUCUCAACAAGGACCAGUUUAAAGCUAACCAGUAGUUUUCUUUUUGAGCACCCAUAUUCCUCAACCACUUUUCUGCUUUGGGAUUUUUGCUAUCUAUUUGUGCAGCAAACUUUGUUCUGUGUACUCAAGAAUCGAAACAGCCUCCACAACCUGUUCCUUGAAAAGAAUGGUAGUAGAGUGUCUAGUUACAGUUCUGAAAUAUCUUAUUGCUUCCCAAAGGCACAACUGUUAGAAUUUAUUGCCGGAACAGCAGAUUUAGCCAUUGAGAAUCAUUCAGUUCUUACUACCCCCUCAACACCAACCAGCAGAGUGAACCAGGAUCAUGAAGAGGUAAAAUGUAUGAGUAUUGUCCUAUAUCCCAACUAUCAUAGUGUUUAUUAUAACCCGUAUUUGGUUAUGUACAGAAAUCACACUUGGACUCUAAUACAGUAUUGAAAUUUAGCUGCAUCUCUGCUUUCUUUGAAAGAAGAAAACUAGUAUUCUAUUUUGUGGAAAGACAUUUCAGAACAUGUAGAUAAGCAUGGUAAAAGAUUCCAAAAUUCAGAAUCCCAUCAUAAUUUCUACCCAUGUUUUCUUACCUGUACACCCCUGCUGCCUUUCAGUUACUCAAACCUUGCUCUGGAGAUAGAAUGCCUGACACAGUAAAAUUUACUUGGAGUCAUUAAUGAGAUUGGAAUGAUGAACAAUCCUAUGAUGAAAUAGCCUCUAUUGCCAGGGUGGUCAGUAUGGAAAGUCUAGAUCUCAGGCUGGAAAGAACAAAAGUAAUUUAAAAUUUUGUCCAGUGUACUUUUAUAUAUUAAUUAUAAUCCAUAUUUGUUUCUUUAAUUGCUUACCUGAUUUUUCAAAAUGGAGAUUAGUAAAUUGAAAGCUAGUGUAGUAUUUUUGCUUUCCUACAUAUGAGUGUCCUAAUAUUUUGCUAAAUUAUGUUUUCAUGAAGCAGCCCUGUUUAGGGAAGCUUUUAAUGUUUGAUGUAUCAUGGUAUUUUAAUAUUUUGUUGGAAGCCGCCCAUUAUUAUUAUUAUUAUUAUUGAAUAAACUAACAGGAUUCUCUUUUAUGUAGCUACCAUUGAUGGUGAAGAAAAUUUUGUAUGCAUAUUUAAGUAUAUUGGUUAACUCCAAGAAUGAUCUGGCGUUUGCUUACAUUUUAAACGUUCCUGACAGAGGACUUGGAAGGGAAGCUUUUACUGACCUAAAACAUGCUGCACAGCAGAGACAAAUGUCCAUAUUCUUGGUACGUAUGACAAAUCAAAGCAUUUUUUUGUAUUUGAAGGCAUUGAGGAGAUGCAAUAGGAUGAUUUUGGGUUGUUUUUUUUAAAGCAAACUAUAUAGGAGCUGGAUUGGGAUUGUUCAUGUAACAGCCAGAAGUCAUCCAUUUCUACUGCAUUAUCCGUGCUGGUUGUACAAAUCCUCCAGUCUGCCAUUUUAGAUAAGUGAAUAUAGGCAUAGUUUCUGUGAGGAUUGUUGUAGUCAGGUAUGCUGUGUCAGUACACCAAAUACUGAAAAAGUUGACUGAAAUCAUUCUAAUAUACUAGCUUCUCAGGACAGCCCAUCUGUAUCAGUAUAGUUUUGGUGGAGCCAGAGGGGAGCAAAUCAAAACUGAAGGGCUUCAGAGCACUAAAGUUGCUUUAUGAAGCAGUAGUUGUGAAAAAAGUGUUUCCUAAAUUCUCUGUCAAAUGGGCAUUACUCAAAGAUCUUUGCCCAUUAUCAGUGACAGAGCCAUAGGAAAUUGCUCAGGCCAGAGCACUGUACCAUGUAUUCAUAAUUUGGGUUUUAAAUGUUAAUUCCUUUCAAAACAUGACUUGGGAACAGGUCUGAUGUAGCAUAGUCAAGUUUUUGGGGUGUUAUAAUUGAAUAAGUAUGGGAAAAUGUGAAAGAUUAAUCAGUUCAAUUCCUAAAGUUGUAUUAUUUGGUGUUUUAUGAAUUAUGGACUUGGACUAUGUUCAUCAGCCACUCUUUUAUGGUUACCAAAGAAAGAAAACUUCUUUGUAUAAAAACAUGAUUUUCUUUUGGCAGCUUUGUUCUAAAGAAGAAGAAUGACGAAAUACUUUCCAUUGAGUAGUCAAGAUCCUAUGAAGCACACACAAUCUGCAGUGUAUCCAUGAACACUGGCAGAAUUAUUCUACAAGGUUGGGGGUUCUCUAAAAAUCUAACCCCCAUCUUUUUUUUUUAAUUAUACAAUAUGUAGAUAAGAAGAACACACUUGUUGACCCACCAGAUUCUGCUGCACUGGUUGACUGGGUUUGUGUAUGUUUUUGCUAAAGGAUUACUUUAUGAUGUGGUUGAGGGUCAAUGAAUAUCCCAAGUCCUGUUGAGGCAGACCUAUGUGCCUUCCGUACAGGCCAGCUCUGAGUUGGCAACUAUGGGGUUAGAAUUUUGACCCAGAAAUCACAUGAUGCUAGUACCUGCUUUGAUAGACACAAUUUUAAUUGACUUCUGCACAAAACAUUUAAAUGUAAGGUGGCUAAUGGGAAGAUCAAAUUUGUCUUACUAUGCAGGCACAGUCCUUCUGGCUUGAAACAGUAGAAUGGGUUGAACAAUUAAUAUACUUAGGUUUUCCAAAGAUUUGUAGUUUUGCUUCACAACAGCACACAAUUAUCAUAUUUGGAAGAAAUUUGUCUUUGUUUUACAAUUGCAUAGAAAGCCAUUAUGUUUACUUUAAUUUUAAGGAAUAAUUUGGACUUUUCUUUGAUGCCAUGAAUCAUCCUGAUAUUUGUGGGAAUAUUUGUGGUUUACGUGUGGUGUAUUGGUUUUCUAUGUUUGCAUUACUAUUUUACUUAGCUAAAUUAUAUGUCUUGUUAGAUGGCGACGUCUUUUAUCAGAACCAUAGAACUUGGAGGAAAAGGUUAUGCCCCUUCCCCAGCUGAUCCUUUAAGAACCCAUAUGAAGGGACUUUCACACUUGGUUCACUUCAUUGAUAAACUGGAAGAAAUUAUUGGUGAAGUCCAGGAUCCGAGGUAAUAAUUUUCCUAUGUAUGUGUACAUGUAGCACUGUUUAAAAUGUAUAUUCCUUUCUUAAAACAAAGCCAGCAACUAUUACAAAUGCACUCAUUCUUAGCUAUUUUAGAUACAGUAGAGGGUUUUCAAACUGUGUAAGCCUAUCAAUAUGAAGACUGAAUCUAUUCAGGCUUUCUUUAGUAACAACUGCAGUAAAGCAGACAGGGCAAGAGAGGUUAUGUGAAAAAAUUUUUGAAAAUAGUUUGACUUGGAGUAAGCCCCGUCAAAUGCAUUGGAAAUUACUUCUGAGUAGACACAGAAAUCCUAUACAUGUCUAUUCAUAAAUAAGGCCCAUUGAGUUAAAAGACGCCUUCUGUCAGGAAAGUAGGCAUAGAAUUGCAGCCUUGGUCUCUUUCUUUCCUUGCUUUCCCGCACGCUUGAGUUGGUUUGCGCAUCACACUAUAUCUUGUUUAGCACAGAAGCAACUGGAUCAAUCUAGCAGGGCAAAGAGCCUUAUACUUCUCUCUUCCCCAACCCCUGCUGCCCAAACUUGAGCUGCGCUGGGCCACUCACCUGUCAAUCACCAGAUGUCACAAUGACACUGGAUGAUGUAGCGUGUUGGAGUACUAGUGAGCAGCUGAUGGUUGUACUUCAGAAGCUGGGUGUAUUGAAGCCCUGCUGAUCAGCCCUUUUGGCUCUCGCAUCUUGUUACUUGCAUAUACCUGCCAUGAUGUCAUGGGACUGGCAGGUAGCUGUGACUGACAAGUAGGUGGAUUCCUGACGGCUUAAUUAGCUGUAUAACAGAAGGUCAACUUUGCAGACAGAGCAAGGAUCUGCAAGGGAGAGAGAAGGGAGGUGCUCGUGGGAUUCAAGUGAAGAUGAGUUUAUAAAUUAAGGAUAGGAAACCUGUGACCCUCCAAACAUUGUACAACUCCAGCUCCCUUAAUUUCUGACCUUCCCUGCUAUAGUUACAAAGCUUCUCAGAGAGCCAGUGUGGGAGGAGAGGUGACAUGAUAAUGGAGGGUUCCUUAGGAAAAUAUAUUUCAGUAUCACAUGGCCAGAAAAAAAUCCUGUAUCCUAGAGCAGUUUGUGGGCUGAGGAUAUAUAACUCUUUGAACAGCUACAUGGGAUGUCCUCUAGUUGGCCGUGCUUUUUUAGCAGAGAGAAGACAAACAGCCCAGCUACAUGUUAAACCAUUAACUGGGCAAAUAUUUCUGGCAUCCUUAAAUAAUGGAAGAUGCUUCUAACCUGAGAUAGCUAUAAAUCUGCAUGCCCAUUACAUCAUACCAGUCAUUACAUGAGAAGUUCAAGUAUAAAAACCAUUGAGGAACAGUACCUAUGGAUGGAGUUUACCAGAGUGGUCACUGUAUUUUUUUUUUGUAAAUAAAAAAGCUUGAUUAGCCAGCUGAGGAAUUUUCCAAAGUCUUUGACCCUGGAGUAAAAAGAGGUUUGUGAAAACUAUGAGGGAUAAUACAAGGCUUUGAAUAUGGCGAGGGGAAAUUCCAGAGAGUUGGCGUCAAAAUACCUGAGCUAGCAUUUCAAACACCUAUUCUAUAAAAAUGUGCAUUUUAAAAUAAGUAAUUGGUAAAAUAACAUAAGUUCUCAUGCUGAUUGUUGCCCACAAUCUAUCAUGAGCUGUCUUUCUAUUGUAUAACAACAUACCGUAAUAUAAUACAUUAUAUUUGUUAUAAAUUGCAAUGUGUAUUUUCUGUAACUGCCAUGACGGGGAAAAAAUAAAAAUGCUGAUACCUCUGUAAUAGGAUUUUGAUAUAUGCUUUCCUGUUCCUGGAAUAGAUGUUGGGGAAGCUGUUUUAUGUCUUAUCAGGUUUUUGAAUGCUGUCCAUAUUCUUGACAGUCUGUAUUGCUCUCUCCGUCACAUAGUUCCCAGAAAGAGUACAUACUAUAAAAUCAUAUUGAGUAGUAGUAUUCUUCUUAUGCCGCCAGCAACUUGUUUACUAUAGGAUCAGACUUGUGAGUAUCCAAGGCCAGAGCAUGCAGGGACAUCCUGACCACCACUUUAGUACUGGAGGAACAUGGCUUCAUGAUAAAUCAACUGAAGAGCUUUCUCAUCACAGCUGAGAGGAUCCAACACCUGGGAGUGAGGAGGGGGUGACACAAUCCAGCUCAAAAUAUUUGUGUCCCAGGAGCAAGAAGACAACCUUCUGGACAAAACAAGGAAGUUCAUAACCUGAAUCCAGCUCCAUCUAAUGGGCAUGGUGCACCUACAAGUUUUUUCCCUAUCCAGGACCCAGUUUUGAGAAAGAUAGGCCACCUGGUACCCGUGCCACCUCCCUGUCAAUACUCUGACGGUUUCUCCUCCUAUCCAAACUUUUAUGGAAGAUCAGAAUACUCUGAGACAGGGUCCAACUAGUGACUUGCCAUUGGCUCCAGAGUCUGUGGUUCUUGGACCUGAUGGGCUGUUAAGAACUCUGACACUCCAGUGCAUCCAUAAGCCCCCAUGUUGGCAGCAGCUCUGUGUUUAGACCAUGAGUGGCUUUAGACAAAGGGUUUUCCCAGUAAAGUAGCCUGGAAAAUCCUAGCUUCCAGAUGUUUGUCCACCAAUCUAAUCUAUGAAAUGGCCAGGAAAGCUUUCCAUUGCUGGUGGAAAUGCCUUUGUGUCCAGGCCACAGCUUCAGGCGUCUGAGAGAUCCUUGAGUUUGUGCAAGCUUGUCUUGAUUUGAAGCACUUGGUGGCCCUGGACUGAAUGUUACUGGAUUGGGGGAAGGUCCCAUAGCCACACUAAGCAGUUCUUAUGUGGUUCUGUUCUCCUGUUGCCACCCCCUGCUCCUGUUGCCACCCCCUGCAUUUAUACAUAGAUUCCCUACAUGGGACAUGUACCUAGUACUUGGGACACUCAUCAACCAGUUUUUUGAGCCUAUUCAGCUGCUCUACAUACCUGAACUUCAAUGGAGGACAUCUGCAGGGCAUUCACAUGGGCUCACCCCUCUACAUUCACCAGGCACUACAAACUAGACAAAUAUGUUUUGACAGAAGCAGCCUUUGGGAGGAGGAUCCUACAACAAGUGCUGUGAUUACUAAUUCUCCUUCCACCUAGUCCAUGAGGGUACUGCAUUUGUAAAUCCCUUUCCUGUAUAAUCCACUGAUGAAGAAUGAAAAGUUGGAUUUAGUGUAAAGCAGAGGAUUUUUUUUCUGGUUAGCAGACAAAAGCAGACAGCACUGCCUUUUGAGUCAAAUCAGUGUGGUGGGAUACAAGGGUCUAUGUACAUCACAUUUGUGCAGUUCUCUCUGGUAAGCCAGGCAGGGAUUCUAAAUACACCCCUUCUUCAUAUUUUUCUAGCUGUUUCCAUAUACUAUUCUGUUAAGGUUUCAUUCCCCGGUGUAGUUUUUUUUGUCUAUGGCCACAGUGCUAUCAAGGCCAAGUGAGAGGAUAGGAGGGUGGUUCUUUCCUCUUUUAGCUUGCUACUGCAAACAUUUUUAGAAUUGUUUCUUACCCUGCCUUCUGAAGAUGAGCCAACCCCAUACUGCAUGCUCCACUCUCUGCUGACCAGAAGUGUAACUUUCCAGUUGUUAAUAUUGCAGGUCAGAGGUGGGACAGAAAUCAGUUUAAAUUAAUUUAAUGUGGCACAGGUAAUGUAGCAGGAAGUGAAGUAGACCAAAUCUUAACUGCUUGGCUCUUUUUGUACAGCUUAAAAUCAUUCAUGCAAUGUAUCAGGAACAGAUUUAAUACUUUGGGCAACUUAAUAAAAUCAGCCUCAGGUACAACCCCUUGCAUAGUUAUUUAGGAGCAAAUCCUGUUUAAUUCAGUGAGAUUUACUUUUGAGUAAACAAGGGUAGAAUCGGCUGGGAAGACUAAUCUGUUUAUACUGUACCUUAAUGCAAAAUGAAGAAAACCAUGGCAUAAUGUCUUUAAUUCCCAAACACAGUAGAUCAGUACUUUGUCUUGGCCUCCUCAUAUGAAAAAUGAAUGAAGUUUUCCUUUCAAUGCUCCAGCUAGAGUUGUGUAUAUCUGAUGGGGAAUGGGAACAUUUUUCCUGGAAAUGAAAAACGUGGAAAGAAAAAUGAGCAUUGGGAUCUUAGCUGUUGGAGCAGCAAUAUUAGGUAGAAACAAACACAUUGAUCUUAGUUUUCCUGAAUGUUGUGCUGCCAGAACAAGAAUAAUAGCUAAAUGGCCCUCUUUGUAGAACUAUCCAAUCAGACUAGGUGUGAUCCUCAUACACAAUUGCCAGACUUUUAAUGGGAGAUUGGUUUGUAAGCAUCUUAAUCAAAAGACUGUUGUAGGUUUCCUGGCCUGGAAAGAGUCUUUUCUAUACCUAUGAUGAACAGAAGUUUUAAUUAUGAUGGUCCCUUAUUGGAAGGUAGGUAGCAGUGUUUGCAGUGCUUUUUUUCUGGGGGGAUGCAGGGGUACACAUACCCCUAAACAUUUUGUGAAUAUAAGUUUGGCCUCAUUAAGGGGCAGUAUUUCAAUAUGAGUAGGAAAAUGAGAGUAGCGCUAAACAUUUUUUUAAGGAAAAAAAAGCACUGAGUGUUUGUGCAUGGGGAAAACUCUGGAUUAAGGUACCAUAGGUUUUACUACUCAGAUUUUACACUUAAGAGCUCUUUGAUCAGAAAUUAUGCAGGUAAAAAUCCAUACUAGAUAGAAACAUAGUAGUGGCUUACUAAGAGAUCAUAUUUGGGACAAAAUGCUUGGCUACUGGAGUUUCUUGAAAAGGAGGAUUUUCCUGACUAUGUAAUUGAGCUAACAGAGCAGAAGCGUCAUUUCUUACUAACCUAGCUAAAGGCCUGUCAAGUUUGAAUGGUGGGGGUCAGAGAAGGAUGGAAAGUUUACAUUCUUUACUCCUACCUAUAUACCAACAAACACCCAACAAUCAUGUAAGAAUUGCCAUGGGGUAGUGAUUAAAGCUGCUCACUAUACUUAGAAUAAGUUCAAUUCCUAAUCACUAGAAUCACUAUUUGCAUGGUCCUCGCUAAAUUCCUGUUUUCUUGAUUACACACUAGUAUGCAUCAUGGAAUGUUGAGAACUGACUUGUAUAAAGUAUGCACUGUAUUAAAAAUAUAGAAAUCUUGUCUUUCCCUCUGCUGCUGGAAGCAUACGUCAGACACUUUUAUUAAAAAUAUGUUUGUAAAUGACCUGUUUGUGCUAGCUAUUUAAUUAUUGCUAUAUAGUACUCAAAAAACUUUUGUUGGCUUAUGAGCUUAUAAAAGUUUGGGAAAUGGAAAUGUUCUAUAACAACAGGCAGAUUUCACUUCUUUUCAAACUUUAAUCCACUUGUGGCUAAUGAGUAGAAUUAGAUAAUGUGAGUGAACAAAUGAUAGCCUGAUGGCAUAGCAAGUUUUAAUUAUUUCCUUUUCUAUUUAAAAUUGUAAACUAGAGAGAAGUCUACUGUCCCUGCUCCUUGACUCUUGUAAUCUCCCAAUUCUUAAAAGUGAAAGAUUGCAUUAAAGAGCAAGAUCUUAUUGCAUGAUGCUGUGCAACUGAAUAGAUCAAAGCUGUUGGCUGAACAGUUUUGAUUAACUGUGAAGACGCUCUGUUUUCAGAACUAUUAAGUAUAUUAAAAUAGCGCCAAGAUGAAUAUGGAGAUGACCCUAGGUCUGUUUUUAGACUUGCAGGGGGGAAAAUUCUAUCAACAAUCAAGAUGCAUUUGAUAAAAGGAAGAAACAGCAGGGAUGCCUUCUGUCAAGCAGCAGAGGAAGUUGUACAAGAUUUGGAUUUGAGGAUUAAAAAUAUUAUCAACUUUCAGCAUGAGUCUGUGACAGCUAGCACCACUGGAAUUAGUCCAGCCCGGGUAAGGGGCCUCCUUUUGUUCUUCUAAAUUGUUGGAUAUAAAAGAAAAGACAUUUUUCUUAAUGAUUUGAAUGUAGAAACUAACUCAGUAAUACAAAUUUAAUACAAUAAUAGGUAAUAUAUGCAAUACAGUGUAAGAACUAUGCAAUCUAGGUUUCCUAUAAUAUGGGUUUAACUAGUUGAAAUAAAGAAUUUGCUUUGUACUGAGGGUUGAGAGUGUGUGUGUGUGUGUGUGUGUGUGUACACACAUAGUCUUACUUGGCAAAUAAGGUACUUCUAAAGAAUUAUGAAAGAGAAGAGUUUUUCUAGUAAUUUAAUACUGAUAACUUAACAUCAGAGUGAAAUAUUCUAGAUUUUGUCUAGUGUCUCAAGACGUUGCUAUCAGCAAUUUUACCCAAACAUUAUAAACUUCUACCUUUUUAGAUUUUGAAAAAAAUAUGAUUUUCCCUUCAUUCUUAGUAAUGGUUAACAUUGUGAUUACCCUUACCAUUAUGUUACUAAUGUUUAUAUGCUGGGUUUUUCCUUGGCUGGAUUGGCUGUUAACUCUGGGAGGUCUUUUUGCUAAGCCCUCCCUUGCUUCAAUCCCUUGGCAUUAUUUUUCUGCAUGAACACCUUCAGUGGUGCACCUUGUUGGUUCUUGCUGUCUUAAGUACAAGCACAGCAUGGUCUAAGAUAAGUAGAUGUGAUACAACCUCCACCCAUGUAUCUGAUAAUCCCAACCUGUAACUGGUCACUUUUAAUCCAAUGAUACACAUGCACAAACAUUUAUGUUCAGGUUUCAAGCUUUAUCAGAGAGGUUUUAUAUCCUAAAUUGUAUGACCUAAAACUACUUUGAUCAGGUGAGUCAAUUGAUGCAAACCCCUCCUGUAAAGCUAAUAAUAGUCAAUAUUUAAUUUCAGCCCAAGCUACAUGCUAUAAACCAUGGCACUGCUUAUUGUGGCAAAGAUACUGUGAAGGCUUUAUUAGCACUUUUGGAUGAAGCAGCUACCGAUCCUCCUCCCAAAAACAAAGCCCAAAUGUUGUUUGGUGAUGAAUUCAGAUUCCCUUGUACCUUUUUGUUGUUCAGGUAAGUGCUAGGCGCUGAAAAAUCACAGAAGAGGUGAGAGCAAGAAUACUUUUUCCCAUGAAGCUGAUGACUUGGGGCCACCUCAUAUGCAGUUAUCUCCUAUACAAAGACUAUGUAAAGAACAACAAGCAUACUGUAACUUGGGAAGUGUGGAAUGUGUGUUUCAAAGAAGACAAUGGCUCAGGAAGUUGAUUCAUUCAACUGUCCUCGGCUGGAAUUGCUGUAUUUUUUGCACCAUAACACUCACUUUUUUCCUCCUAGAAAGUAAGGGGAAAUGUCUGUGCGUGUUAUGGAGGGAAUGCCUACGGGUGGCGGGGGGGGGGGAUCUGCUGCAGUCGUGAGCAGAGGAUCCAUGGUUCCCCUUCCUUCCCUCCUCCAUGGCUCGCUUUGAAACAGCAAAGCGGGAGAAGAGCCGCUGAGUGGGGAGGAGAGAGGGACAGAGAGCCUGCUUCUUUAAAGGAGCAAAGUGGGAGAGGAGCGUCGCCGCUUACACGAGUGUACGCGGCUCCUGUCUGGUUGGCUCCUUUAAAGCAAGCAGGCUCUCUGUCCCUCUCUCCUCCCCACUCAGCUCGCUACAUAGCAGCAAAGUUUUUCAGCUUGCUAAACUGGGGAUGAGCGGGAAGGAGGGAGAAAAGCAGAGCCUGCUUGCUUUAAAGGAGCAAAGUGGGAGAGGAGAGGAGCCUUUCCCCCUUAUACCCCUCUUCUUCAUUAUUAGCAGCAUCCUUCUCCACCCACCCCACGCGUGCUCCUUGUCCCCUUAAACCCCUCUUCUGCAUUAUUAGCAGCAUCCUUCUCCACCCACCCCACACGUGCUCCUUGUCCCUUGAGUGCUUUUCCUUCCCUCCCCACUUAAAACGUGGUUACAAAGCACAGGUCCACAUGGAUCCUCAGGAUUUUUGCACUGGGUCACCCCAAAUUCACCAUCAGAUCACAUGGCAUGUCCAUGGCUACAUCUUGCACCCAAAAAAUCACGCACCCACUGUUGCCUGGGGCCGCAGUGGUGGUGCAAAAACGUGGUUACAAAGCAUGGAUCCACAUGGAUCCUCAGGAUUUUUGCAUUGGGCUACCCCAAACUCACUGUCAGAUCACAUGUCUGUGGCCACAGCAUGAACCACAAAAAUCAUACACCCACUGUUUCGUUUAGAAUAUUUUUUUUCUUGUUUUCCUCUAAAAACUACGUGCGUGUUAUGGUCGGGUGCAUGUUAUAGAGCGAAAAAUAUGGUAUUCUUGGGUGGAAAAGGAUGACAAUAUUGUGUCAAUAAAAUAUUAGUCAUGGAAUUCUGUAUAACAAAAAUAAUGUCAUCAACAAGGGGGAAACAAUUGCAAAGUAAAAAAUGGAGUGAAACACUUGAGAAGAAGCAUACCAAGACUUAAGUAUUGUUAAAGAUAAUUUCUAACUGAGCCAGUUUUAUGUUGCUUGGAGUUAGAUAAAAUAUGGCAACUGAGAAGCCUUAUUGCUACCCAUAUUUCCUUAAUGAAAAAUUCAGUUUCAGCAGAAUGUUUAGUAAACUUACGACUUUACCCAAAAUGGUCAUUACAGCUACAGUGAUAAAAUAAAAACAAUAGAAAAAGGGUAAAAAACUAAAAGUAUGUACAAUGAUAAAUAAAUAAGUUGUCUCUUCCCCCCCCCACCCAAUAUUAGCUUUUCCAAUCAAGCUGUCAUCAAUAGAUACAGAGCUCCUUUGUAUGUCUGCAGAUUUCUGAACUAAAAAAGCAUUUGUUUCAUGGCGGGAACCUAUUUACACAAGCAUUUUUUGUGUACAUAUGAAUUGGCUCUCUUCUUUAAAAUGAAUUAAACACCCACACAGCCAAAGGUCUCUGCAGAUCAAAAUACAUGUUGCAUCUCUCCAGUCAGAGCAGCUGCAGUAGGUUUUGUUUUGGGACUAGGUUUGCUUUUUGUUCAUAUGCUAAAAAGUCAUUUAUUUUGGAAUUUUAAAAAACAGACGCCAAAUCUAUAUAUGCAUGUAAUGAAAAUUCACGGUAAUAUGUUCUCAUAUAUUGGGCUGGUCACUAUUGCUUACAGUCACUGUUAUAUUAAUUUAGAUCUCCAGCACAAUCUAGUGGAUCUUCUCCAAAAGUUUUGAGACAGAGAAUUCGGACAGCAGUUGGUGAAAAAAAAUUUAAGGUAUGAUAACUGCAAAAUCCUUGCCUUGAGGAGAACUAUUAUCAAUCUAAUUGAUUACAUAACUAUAUUGUCUGGUGUCUGAGGCCUGAUUUGCAAUUUCAGGUGAAAUGAUGCUUUUAUUUCACUCUUCUUUCUCCCCACCAUCCCUUAAAAAACAACAAAACUGCAAUGAACAAGCACUGGGGUAAACACUGUCUACCCUCAUGCACCAGCUCCUACACUUCCUUUCCUAAGCAUGAUAAUAAACCCAGACUGGGGAACUCUCACUUAAUUCAAGCCAGGGAUGAAGCACUGAAGUUAGUGCAUGGGGUGGAGAUUAGGAAGAUGUGUUUGGCUGAGGUGCUCCCCUCCAACCUGGCUUUAGCAUACUGAAAGUUUUCUAAAGAUGGAAAAAGCUGUAAAACAGAGCAUUUUGGUUUGUCCUCUGUGAACUGAUCACUUCUGCUUAUUUGUCUGUAGAAAGUACCUUAACAGCAGGGGUGGAUCUGGACAUUUUUCAGUCUCCAGAAGCUACUGCUGUAAAUGAUUAGUUUGCCUCCUGCAGUGGAAUAAGCAUACUUAGAGUCCUUUGAAGAAAAAUAUGUAUCAAGGUUUUUUUAAAGUUAAUUUGGAUUUAAACUGUUUUAAGCAAAGCUUAACGGCUUAGAUCUAAUCCUGUGGGCCUUUAUAUCAGUAAAGCACCAAUUGUACUGGUACUCUGUGUUUCAUUCUAAUCUCACAACCUCUGGUAUUGUGAUAAUGCAAUGUGAUAGGUUAGAACUACAGUUACAUAUAUUAAACAUCACCAAAUAUAGUAUCAUACAAUGCUGUUACGUUUACACUGAAAUGGGCGGAACAAGAUAAGACUUCAGAUUAUAUUCAUAUUGGCCCGAAUAUAAGCCACACCCGAAUAUAAGUUGCACCUUUAAAAUUAAAGGGAAAAAAAGAAAUGACAAUACCUGAGGAGGAGUGGGGCUGAGGGGAGCCAAGGAGGCAGCACCUUCACUCCUGAGGCAGUGGGCAGCAGCGCUUCCAGAGGGUCAACACCACCAUGGGCCCCCAAUGGGAUGGGCGGAGAGAGGCGGUGGCUGGCGGGACUCAUGCGCCCCAUGGCGGGCUAAAGCCAGGCAGCACCUCAGGCUAGCGCCUGUCCCAGCACACCAGCCGCAUCUCCUGUUCCUCCUCCUAGCAGACCUUCUCACUCUCUCGUCCAUGCUCCUCUCUUCCUUCCUCCUCCUCCUCGCUGCCUUCUGGCUCCCUCUCAGGGACCCCCUCACCGCACCGCCAUCUUGGGAGCUGGCCCAGUUGAAACCAGGCAACAUCUGGGGACAAGCCCACUCCAAGCCAAUUUUUGUAAGGUUGUGAAUAUAUGCUGCACUUUAACUUUUCUUGGUAAGAAUUUUUUUUGGGGGGGGGGAUGCGGCUUAUAUUUGGGCCAAUACGGUAUAUAAUGUAAAAUAUAGUUAUCUAAAUUUCUGGAAGUAUUUUCACAUCAGAUUUCCAUAUUGGAAACCACGUUCAUAGCAACCACCUGCAUUUCAUAAUUUCACUUCUUUCAAUUUAGUCGAAGCAGCCUUUAAUUAGGUCUCAGUUUUCUUGCACCUACAAAGAUGACCAAAUGACUGAGGCAAAGGGUCAGCAUUUCCAGGCAAUCCAGGCCCCAACAUGUGAACAUCCAGCACUGAAAGAAAAGGCUGUUCCAGACUCUAAAGAUGAAUCAACUGCAGGUAAGCAAAUCAGCAAUAAAACUUCUCAAGACCUCUUUGCUUUCCCUUUCCCCUUUUCAGUGACUAUAUAGUUGCAUCUUUCUGAUAAGCCAGAUGGAUUUGUAUGUUGCCAAAUUCAAAUUAACCAUUAUAAUCACAUCUAAAAUUGUUUUGUAUAAGAAAAUCAGAGUUCUGAUAUCCAGCAGCUGGUUCUGGUCAGGGGUGUAGGAAGGGGGGGUGCAGUCCGCCCUGGGUGUCAUCCUUGAGGGGGGUGACAAAAUGGCCUGCAGCGCACCCGAGCCAUGCGUCUCUCCUGGGAGUGAUACGGUGGCUGGGGGCCCCGCGCUGCCCGAAAUGGCAGCGUAGAGCUUGCGUCCGCCAAGUGGACUCUGUGGGCAGCUUGCUGUGCCGCCCCCUGGGCGGGUCGCUGCAGCACCCCCGUGCAUGGAUCGUCCCACCCCCGUGGGCGGCUCACCCUGCCCCUGCCACUCCGGGUGCCGGAGCAGCUAGCUACGCCCCUGGUUCUGGUAUCUGCAACUAGUAUCCAGAUUCUAUUUAGCCAGCAUGGAACUUAUUGUUAGACUUGUUUUAUUAUGUAUAUUUUGUUAUUUUAAUCAUGUGCUUCCUGUAUACCUUACUCUCAGUCUCACCUACUUUACAGAGUUGAUGUGGGAAUAGACUAUGCCUGUCCAAUAUGGCAUGGAAUUUGCCCUUUUCUUUUGCACCAUGCAACCUGAGUUCUCAUCAAGUUUUCCACAAUGACCCCACAAUCUCUUUCCUGGUCAUCAUUAUCAGUUCAGACCCCAGCAUUAUAUAUGCAUAUGUGAAGUGUAUAUGUGAAGAUAGGAUGUUUUGCCCCAAGGUGCAUAACUUUAUGUGUAAAAGUGAACACAUAAUUCAAAUAUCAUUUGUCAUUUUAUUACCCAUUUACACAGUUCAUAGAUAUGCCUUUUCAAUCUCUUCACAGUUCACUUGGAGUUUCACUGUUCUUGAUAAUUUGGUGUCUUCCACAAACUUGGCCACUUCACUGAUCAUUCCUAAUACGAUCAGUUAAGAAUUAGUUGAAUAGUACUGAUCUCAGUGCAGAACCACAGGAGAAACCACUGCUUGCUUUCUCCUGUAAUUAUUUAAUACAAAACCCCUUUAUAUAAAUGUUGGCCAUGAACAUUCAGACCUUCAGAGCACUGGUGUUGAAAACAGCAUUGCUUUUGAGUGUUGUUUUUUGUUGCCUUAGGGCUGUAUUUCUUCUGUGCUUGCUUCUACAAGCAAGUAAUUGGAAUAUCACUGGGUAUACUGUAUAUCUGCAAGGCCCAUAUAAUGUAGUCAUGGAUACAGUUUGCAGCAAAUCCUGUUGCUGCAACAGCUAGAAUAAGUGCAAUGUGAUCUUAUAAGUUGCUGCUACUAUAUCUGCGGUCACCAGAUGCGCCUUUUAUCUUUGUCCACCCAGGUGCAUAACUCAGUACACGGAUUUCUGAUGUGUAAAAGUACCUUGUGUGAAUUGACCUCUGUCAAAAGUGAUACUCUAAAUAUUCUUGAAAAAUUAUUGAAACUUCACAUACUUUUUAUAACCUGUGUAUUGCCAUGGUAAAUAGAUGAAGACAAAGGUGCUUAAACUGUUGGUUUAAUUUUUUUACAUCAACAAAUAGUUGCAUUUUGCUGUGUAUGUUUUACGUUUUAGAGAUGAACUUUCCUCCUGUUUUCUGGCCUCUAUGUGUCUAUUUCCUAUAGCAAUUGCCGAAUUCCCCCCCCCCCCCAAAUCAUUGCUACAAUCCUAUAUCAUGUUUGUCUUCUAGUGGAUUAACUCUGCUAAUUUGGGUUGGGCUAAUUAUUUUUAUAAGAAAGUAAUCUGUGUAAAAAUGAUGUGGAUUUAAGUGACUAGCACAUCAGAAAAAAAAUUACUCAAAUAAUAUUAUCUUGCUUUUUUCUUAUAAAAAUGUUGUGUUCUCUUAACCAGCAGAAUGCCUACAUUCACAACUUGAAAGUGCUGCACUUGGAACUAGUUCUGGAAAUGUUCAUCAGAAUGGAAGUAAAAGUAAAGAAAUAGGAAAACUAAGUUGCCAGCCAAGAAACAAGAGCUCAAAGAGGAAGCAGGUGGACAGGACUAGUGAAAAUGUCAUAUGCAGUAAUGAAAACGAAUCACUUCAACACAUACACAGUAAGAGACCAAAAACUGCAGUGAAAUGCCAGAAUAGUUUGGACAGCAAAAUAAAGAGGGCUGGAAAAUGCAACAAGAUUAUAGCCAAAAAUAAACUGAUUGUUGGUCAAGCAAAGCUAACUCAUUUCUUUAGAUUAUAA